AUGAAGAUCUAUAUCGCAGUAUCUACCCUGGCGCUGACCGCGGCCGCGCAGGUGUCGACGCUAUGCGGUCAAUACUCGAGCUACACCAGCGGCGCCUACACGGUGAACAACAACCUCUGGGGCCAGGGCAGCGGCUCCGGCUCGCAGUGCACCUACGUCGACUGGGUGUCCGGCUCCAGCGUCGCGUGGCACACCAGCUGGACCUGGUCGGGCGGCUCCAGCAGCGUGAAGAGCUACGCCAACUCGCAGCUGAGCUUCAGAAAGCAGCUCGUCAGCGGCAUCCACAGCAUCCCCACCACCGUGGACUGGCGCUACGACAACACCAACAUCAACGCCGAUGUGGCGUACGACCUCUUCACGGCCGCCGACAUCAACCACGUCACCUACAGCGGCGACUACGAGCUGAUGAUCUGGCUCGCGCGCUACGGCGGCGUCCAGCCCAUCGGCUCGCAGAUCGACACGGCCUCCAUCGGCGGCACCACCUGGCAGCUGUGGUACGGCGACAACGGCAGCGGUCAGAAGACGUACAGCUUUGUGUCGCCGAGCCCGCUCACCCACUGGAGCGGGGAUAUCCAGCAGUUCUGGAAUUACCUAUCCUCGCGCCAUGGGUACCCGGCGUCCAGCCAGUAUCUGAUCAAUUUGCAGUUUGGAACGGAGCCUUUCACUGGAGGGCGGGCUACGAUGACCGUGUCGAGCUUUUCGGCCAGCGUGAACUGA